AUGGUCGAAACAAUCCAAAUCGAAACAACAACAACAACCAUACUCAUUCUCCUCAUCCUACCUCUUCUUCCUCUUCCUCUGCCUAUUCUUCUCCUUCGUCGCCUUCUUCUCGACCUCAUUCCCGCCGCCCCACUUGUUGUCACCAGACCGGCAGGGUGAGGCCGCUCACUCUGGCAGCCUGGAAUGUUCGUUCCCUUUUAGACAAUCCAAGGAGCAGCAGACCAGAAUGGAGGACAGCGCCAGUGGCUCGGGAACUGGCGCGCUACAAGUUGGACAUCGCCGCACUCAGUGA